AGAUUAUCUGUAGUCUUGAAUCCCAGAGUCUAUCGCGGCUAUUGCCAACACGUGCAAUUCGGAACUCAUCAUUGCUUCCUAUUGCCUCCACAACGACAUUAAAAAAAAGGAGAAGAUCGCCAAGUAUCGAACGAUGCCCGUCAGCUUUGAGGAACUCAUGGCCGAGUGCCAGGCUGUGAAGGACGAGGUAAUCGGAUGGUGCCGCCACGUUCACCAAAACCCCGAGCUCUCCUACAAGGAGUCCAAGACGGCAGACUUCAUCGUGGAGACGCUGAAGAGCCUCAACUGCCCGGCGCUCGAGAUUACGCACCCCGUGCCUACCUCCGUCGUGGCGAACCUGAAGGGCGGUGCGGGCGAGGGUCCUAUGGUGGCCUUGCGUGCUGACAUCGACGCGCUUCCGGUGGAGGAAGAGACGGACGUGCCCUUCAAGUCGCAGAACAAAGGCGUUAUGCACGCGUGCGGGCACGACGUGCACACGGCGAUGCUGCUGGGUGCGGCGAAGGUGAUAUGCGCGCACCACGCGGACAUCAAGGGCAGCGUGCGCUUCAUCUUCCAGCACGCGGAGGAGCUGCUGCCUGGCGGCGCGAAGGAGCUGGUGGCUGCGGGCGUGAUGGAGGGCGUGAAGAGCAUCUUUGGUAUGCACUGCGCGCCGAAUUACGAAGCCGGCACUGUCGGACUGAUGCCCGGCAUCAUCACGAGUUACCCGGACUUCUUCAAGCUGGUGAUCCGCGGCCGUGGCGGCCACGCGUCGACGCCGCAGCUGCUGGUGGACCCUGUGCCGAUCGCCGCGGAGGUGGUGACGGCCAUCCAGACGAUUGUGGCGCGCAAGGUGGACCCGAAGGUGGCGCCGGUGGUUUCCGUCACGACCAUGACGACGGGGCCAAAUGAGAGCCACAACGUGAUCCCUGACGAGGUGAAGCUGAUGGGGACGGUACGCUCGCAGGACAAGGGUGUGCGCGAGCUGGUGCCUCGCGAGCUGGAGCGCAUUGCGCAGAACAUCGCUGCUGCACACGGCGGCUCUGCCCAAUUGGACUUCACUUUUGGCUAUGACUGCUGUGACAACGACCCUGCGGUGACGGCGCAGAUCCACUCCAUCGGCGAGCGCAUCAUCGGCGCUGAAAACAUAAUCAAUCCCAAAGUGGCGGUUUACGGCGGCGAGGACUUCUCUGCAUAUCAGCUGGUGAAGCCCGGUUGCUACCUCUGGCUAGGCACGGGCAACAAGGCGGAGGGUUGGAGUGAGACCUGCCACUCGUGCAAGUUCCGUGUCGACGAGCGUGCGAUCCCAAUCGGCUACAGCUUUCAUGUUGGUUUCGUAUACGAGAACGUCAUUGCGUAA